UCGUGGUCGAGGCACUCGGUCACUCUGCGCAGCGGAAAUGUCGCUUCAUUACAGAGCUUCAAGAAGUGCAGGUAUCUGCGAUGAGACAUCGCAAGUGAAUGUCCGGUAUUGGAUACCUCUCGACCUUGGCGAAGAAGUGCGGUCUUUGUGAUCGACUUUACAAAGCUGACGUUGAGUCGCUUCCGACAUUACAAACACUUCGCGUAGCCAGGAUAGCGUGUUUGCCCAGAGACUUGUCGCAAGACUUCUCUCCUCUCCGCAACCCAAGACGUCUUGAGAUAGAAGUCCGGUGUUGCGUUCCUUAGCGAGUACGACGGCGCAUUACGACUUUCGAGUUGUCCAUGCUACUCUACUAUGCUACAGGGACCUACAAAUCGCCGUGUCAACCUCGCAACACUACCUUCGCAGCCUGGGCCUCCUCCAAGCCUUUGUUAUGCAUGUGUCCGACCCUUGCCACGUCCGGGCUGCGCUUUGCUGGCCUUACUCAGUAUACUACUAUCCAUGGGAGCUCCACUCAGCCUUGCGUUAUGGCUCCCUCGCCAGGCCAGGCUG